UCAAAUCUUAUGGACAAUUCAAAUAUUAUUGACAGUUCGGGUAAUGUUAAUUUGGAAAUCAUCAAUAUCGAGACACCCAUACUGAUUUCCGAAGAAUUAUCUGCUGAAAUAGCAUCUAAUGAAACAAAUCCAGCUAUUAUGAUAGAUAUGACUAAAACAUCAAUUAAAGAAUGCCAUACAAAACCAGUACAACCAGAAAAAAGAAACAAUAUAGAAAUCACUGCAAGCAAAUCCACCAAAAAAGAUGGCAUCUUAAAGGAAUGUGAGCUGCGGGUAAAAAGGCAAAAAAUGGCAAUCGAAUCGGAAGAAAAAAUGAAUAAGUUACAGGUAUGUAAUAUAAAAAAAAACAUAUUUUAAAAAAGAUGAGAUACGAUACAAUGGAAUACAGUUAUUAUUGAUUAUGCAUAAUUUAAAAUAUAAGUUAUUACUAGGCUCCAGAUUUUUAUGUUUUUACAUAUUAUUACUGAAUGUGUGCAGUUUUAUAAGAAAGGUAUUUACAGUUGACAAUUUAAAUUUAUAUAGUUAGAA